UUGUGCAAAUGUUAUUAACAGUAAAGUACGUAAUUUUAUGAAUGAGAAAAUAAGAAGAGAGUGAAACUUCUAACAUAAAAACCAAGUAAAAUUUUCAUGCAAUUAACAUUUCAUUUUGUCCAUUCCAAGUUUUGCAAAUAAACAAAAUACAUUCACAAUGACUCUUUCAUCUGAUGCUGUUUUCCAAAAAAUUAUCGAUGGCGUUAAGGCCAAUGAAGCCAAAGCUAAGGCUGUAAAUGGUGUUUUCUUAUACAAAAUUACCAAGGAUGGCAAAGUUGCCAAGGAAUGGACUUUGGAUUUGAAGAGCUGCAAGAUCUAUGAGGGACCCGCUCAGGGAGUUAAAGUUGAUACCACAUUGACUGUCAGCGAUGAGGAUAUGGUUGAUAUUGCUUUGGGUAAAUUGAAUCCCCAAGCUGCUUUCAUGAAGGGUAAACUCAAGAUUGCCGGCAACAUUAUGUUGACCCAGAAAUUGGCUCCCCUCUUGAAACAAGCUGAUGCUAAAUUGUAAAUGUACCUUCUUUAUCUGAUCUGAUAAAAAUAUGAAUAUAUAAAAAUUAUCUUUCUACUUUAUAUAAAUAUAUAGUCAACUAAGUUUUAAGAAAAUAUAAUAUAAUUUGUCUGUUGUUUUCAAGAAUACCUGUGUGUAAUAUGUAAAUUAAGUAUGUGUAAUAAAGCAAACAACUUAAACAUUUUUGUACUAAAUCACACAUAAAA